AUGCCGGCCGACUACAAGUCCGCGGCAGCUGGCCUGGCCGUGCCCAUGUCGCCCGACAACAAGACCCCUUCCGCCGCAUCCGCAGCCGCACAGCUCGCCAACACCUCAACUCAGGUCGAGCACGGCGGUGCCCCCUUCCACGACGACAGCGACCCCGAAGAGCAAGCCCGACCGUCCCCGACCCCUUCAUAUGGCGACAAUGAACCCCCUCUCCCGUGGGUCCGCCACAGCAGCAAUGCCAAUGGCAAUACGCGGUCUUCCCGGCGGCUUUCCACGCCCUACUCCCUCAACUCGCGCUCCUCGGCCAACCGCGACGGCUUCCGCAGCCAGCUGUCGGCCCUGGCCUCCUCCUCGAUCAAGACGGCCAACGGCCUGUACCGGCAGUCCGUGACCAUGUACGAGGGCCUGACGCCCACGCAAAAGGUCUUGUUCAUUGUCGGCGGGAACCUCCUCGGCGCCCUCACCAUAGUCCUGCUCAUCUUCUCGCACAAGAUCUUCACCCUCCUCGGCCCCGUGGCGGUCUCGUGGCGAGCCCUCCCCGCCGGCUGGCUGAUCAUCUGGGCGGCGACCUUCUUCGUGGCCUUCCCGCCGCUGGUGGGGUACAGCACGGCGUGCACGGUGGCGGGGUUCGUGUACGGGUUCCCGCUGGGGUGGCCGAUCGUGGCGACGGCGACGGUGGCCGGGUCGGCGGCGGCGUUCGUGGCGUCGCGCACCGUGCUCAGCGGCUACGUGGACCGCCUGGUCGGGCGCGACAAGCGCUUCGUGGCGCUGGGCCAGGUGCUGCGGCACGACGGGCUGGGCGUGCUGGCGCUCGUGCGCUUCUGCCCGCUGCCCUACAGCCUCAGCAACGGCUUCCUCGCCACCGUCCCCAGCAUCCAGCCCCUCAGCUUCGCCAUCGCCACCGCCUUCUCCAGCCCCAAGCUGCUCGUCCACGUCUUCAUCGGGUCGCGCCUCGCCCUGCUGGCCGAGAAGGAGAUGACCUUUGGCGACCGCCUCGUCAACUACGCCUCCAUGCUCGUCGGCGGCCUCGUGGGCAUGGGCGUCGGGUACUUCAUCUACCGCCGCACGAUGGCCAGGGCCGCGGAGCUGGCCAGGGAGGAGGCACAGGCGGGGCGGCCGCUCGACGGCAGGGCGCCGGGGGCCGAGUACGCAGAUGAUGAUAUAGGUGAGGGCGGCGAGGACGCGAGGCUGAUGGAUCCCAAUGACGCUGCUGCGCUGAUGGUUGACGAUGAUGACAUCUCACUGUGGGAUACCACGGGCGACAGCCAGUUUGAGGAUGAAGACGCGCCUGCGAGAUAUCGAGAUGAGGAGGAGGCUGUCGGGGGCCAUGGCACAGCAAGGAAACCAGGCGAUGCCACGCAGACUUAG